GCACCGCGCCCGGCCCGCCGUGCCUGGUGCAUGCCGGGGAGGAGCGAACUGAACCGCCCCCGCGCCGGCCCUGCCCGGCGUCCGCUUCGCCCGCAGCCUUGACCCCGGUGGGGGAAUGACUUUUUCCCAGGGCCAGCAGCCCCUCUGAUUCCCUGCGUCCUCCCUGCAGCCUGCCCAGCCAUGGCAGCCUUGCUGAGCCGCCCCUGCUUCAUCUCCCUCCACCUGCCCUACAGGCAGGGCUGGGCCCAGCACCUGGCCAACACCUUUCGCUUCCAGCCAGUGGCCGUACGGGAGACGCCGCGUGUCCGGCAGCUGGCCUUGCGACAGAAAUCUGCCAUCUUCCUCGUCAACGAGCGCCUGGCACCUGCCAGCACCUCGCCCUGUGAUUUCCUCUAUGACAUAGAUCCCCAGCCCACCUUGGGCACAGCCUCCAAUGUCUGCUUCGAGGUGGAUGACGUGCCGGGGCUCUGCAAGUGGCUGCAGAGCCAGGGAUGCUCCUUGCUGGUGCCCCCCACCGAGCUGAGCGAUGAGGGUGGUUCUGUCACCUACGGCGUGGUGAGCUCUGUCGUGGGCAACAUCAGCCACACCCUUUUGGACCGAUCCUGUUAUCGGGGUCCCUUCCUGCCUGGCUUCCAGCCCAUCCACGGAGCCCCCUCAGCCACAGGGGAUGGGAUCAAGAUCACUCACUUUGACCACAUCACGUACGUGUGCCCCCGGGGUGGGGCCCGGGCGGCUCUGGACUGGUACCAGCGCUGCUUCGGCUUCCACCGCUUCCUGCUGAACCCCCAGGAGAGGCCAGCUGAGGGGUAUGUGCUGGGGGGACAGGGGGUGGGCAUGCUGCUCCUUGCACUGCAGAGCGCCCAGGACACCCCAGCCCACGGCUGCAAGCUGGUCUUUGCUGAGUCCCUCUCCCAGAAUGGCACCAACCAGGUGGACACGUUCCUGGAGCAGCACGGUGGGGCUGGGAUCCAGCACGUCGGCCUCUGCACCACUGACAUCGUCAGCACCACCAGAGCUCUGCAGCAGCAGGGGGCACGGUUCUUCACACCCCCCACCACAUAUUACAGCCAGGGGGGCAAAGCGGAGGAGAUCCGAGGAGCUGGGCAGGACCCCCACAUGCUGGCAGAGCUUGGCAUCCUCCUGGACACCACGGUGCCUGGGCACAAGGGCUGGUCGGGCACUGGUGCCACAGAGAGUCCCUCUCGGGAAUAUUUGAUGCAGAUCUUCACCCAUCCCAUCUUCUCUGAGGAGACCUUCUUCCUGGAGCUCAUUGACCGUCGGGGAGCGACGGGCUUUGGGGAAGGCAAUAUCCAGGCACUGUGGAAAGCUGUGCAGGUCUACAUGGACCAGCAGCAGUAGUGCAACACUGCAGUCCUCCUCCCUCAGCUCCCCAUCUUCUCCAGUCCAACCCUGGGGCAAAGACCACAGAGAUCCCAUCCCUGGAGUGGCCCAGGUGGGCAGGGACUAAGGGAUGGCUCCAGAUCAAUCCAGAGCCAGUUCAGCGUGGGAAUAAGACGCUCGGGGCUGAGACCAGCGGGGGUCUGAGCAUGCCCCAGGAUGGGUGGGAUUUCUCCCCUGCCCUGGAUUCCCCAGUGAUUUAUCAACCUCACGUGAAGAACUUUCUGCCUUGGUUUCAUCUUAAUUUAUUGAGACUUGAGCCUGCAGCACGGCCAAGAGUGUGCUGGCACAGAAACAUGCCCAGACAUGGAGAAAUUAUCCGAGGGGAGUGGAUAAUCGGGAGGCCGUGGAUAUGGCCACUUCCUGACAGUUACCACCCACAGCAUGACCAGCCCUGGAGGGCUCGCGGUGGCCUCUUGCUCCUCUCAAUCAAAUUAACUUACAGGCACUGCUUUGAGUUUUUAAUCCUCUUAUUUAAGAUGUGCUGAGUGCUAGGUGAGGAUGAAAUGGCCAUUUCCAUCACUCAAAGCAGGCGUGUCCCUAAAAUUGAGAUCACUGCCCCUUGCAUUCCUCCAGGACUGUCCCCUGUCCCGGCCAGUCCCCAGCAUUGUGCCUUUGCAAGGGUGCACCAUAGUCAGCACAAACAGUGCUGAGCAGCCCAACAGAAAAAAUAUAAAACGAGGAUGAAACGGUACAAAAAUCCCUGGGGGCAGUUGUUCAGCCCCAGGGAGGAGCAGCCCAUGGGCAGGAGCUGCACAGCCCUUGGGGGCUGAUGUCUGCCCUUGCAGGAGGGGUGCUCUGAGUGCCUUAUUUGGGGUCAGCAGCAGUUCAUGCUCAGCCAAGGGCCUCUUGGGUGCAUUAAUAAAGAGAUCCCUGCUCUCCCCAGCCCAGACGUAAGGAUCCUGUUGCCUAUCUUUUCAUUCCACCGCAGGCUGCCCAGCACCCCCAGCUUAGCACAGUGCAACAGACAGUCCCUUAGAAAACCCCCCACACUUGAGAUUUAUUUUCAG